GAGACUAACAGUUAUGUGCGCAACAAACAUGGACGGAAGCGAAAAGCUGCCCUUGUUUGUCAUCGGGAAGAGCAUGAAACCACGCUGCUUCAAGAACGUGAGAUCCCUGCCAGUAGUGUACAGAGGUAUUUUUGUUUUGUUACGAUUAUUUAACAGUUGCUAAUUCUACACUUUGUAGGUAAUAAAAAGGCCUGGAUGACGUCGUUGCUGUUUGAGGAGUGGGUAAAGGAGCUCGACAAGCAAUUCUAUGCAGAAAAUCGGAAAAUCCUUCUUUUCAUCGAUAAUUGUACAGCUCACCCUAAGUCAGUUCAAGACAAAUUGAAAGCAAUUCAGCUCUGUUACUUCCCCCCAAAUGCAACAUCAGUACUGCAGCCGUUGGACCUUGGAAUUAUUAAAACGUUGAAGCACUAUUAUAGAUACGCACUUGUUAAACAACGGAUAGAGAAUAUGGAAAAUGGAGAGACGAUGAAAGAGGUAACUGUAUUGGACGCUAUAAAUCUUCUAGCAAAGGUGUGGUCUGUCAAGGUUUCGGCACAAACGAUCGAACAUUGCUUCCGAAAGGCGGGAUUUGAAUUACUUGGAGACGACGACAUCCCUCUUGCCGAACUCAUGCGUCGCGAAAUUAUUCAAAAUCAACAGGCCGCUUUGCUAGCGGAAAACGAUGUUUUCCCGGUAGAUCCUGAAGUAUCGUUUACGGAAUACUGCGACGUGGACGCAAAAAUAAUUUGUUGUGAACUUAUGACAGACGAAGAUAUAAUCGAAUGCGUAAACUCUAUUGAUGAGGAACCAGAUGAGGAUGUCGAAAUGAUGCACAUUGCUGAAGCAGAAUGCGAACCCGUUCAGAUUACAGCAAACACAGUUGAUUGGAGCCUAAAAUCAUUGCGGAACAUUCUUGAUUCGACAGACGGGGUGUAUCCGGAACUUUUUAACAACUUCUAUAAAAUUGAAAACUUUUUGAGAGACAAAUAUGCAUCAGAUUCAAGUUUUAGAUUUACAAGUAACGGCAUCGAUAAGUAAUUGGAUUUUUCACUAGAAAUAAGCCCACGUAGAAUUAAUAAAUGUAUUGCAAUAGUAAUAAUAAUUGGUUUUUGAUACGUCUUGCUGACCGACAAAACAGGUGAAAUAUCAUUUCACAUUUCAAUAUCCAAAUUUAUCAUUGUGGAAGCUAUUUCUGCAUAAUUUAAAUAAUGUAUAUGCUAGAAAUGUAAAAAAAAACAACUUAAAUGUAAGAUUUUGGUAUAAAUUGAAACAAAAAAUAUUAUGAUGCCAACUACGCCUACAUUAUCCUCAUAUUCUAUAACUCGAUAAUUCUAUAAGUCGAUGGUCCCUUGGAUAUCGAGUUGUGGAGAGUUGACUGUAUUGCUUCGUUAUUUAAUAAAAAAAAUCAAAAACCAAAAAAAAUGAGGAAAUGCUUCCAGUUUCGCCUUAAUACAGUCUCCAGGAACCUCGUUUGAUAUUCUUGCAUAUGAA